UGUCCCUCGGACACAGCGGAUCACCGAUCACGGAAAGAGCCGAAGAUGUUGGCUCAGUCAUGUGAUCAGCUGUGUCCAAUCACAGCUGAUCACAUGGCACUGAUGAUCAGUGUGCCCUGAUGAUCAGUGUAGCCCCAGCUUAGCCACCUGUCAGUGUCCAUUAGUGCCUUGUGUCAGUGCUCAUCCAUGCCACCUGCCAGUGCCACAUCAAUGCCACAUAUCAGUGCCUACCAGUGCACAUCAAUGCCACAUAUCAGUGCCCAUCUGAGCUGCCUUUCAGUGUCACCCAUCAGUGCCAGUCAGUGCCACCUAUCAAUGCCAAUCGGUGCCACUUAUCAGUGCUGCUAAUCAGUG